AUGUCAGGCCCGACACAGGAUUCGGGUCCGGCAGAGGAGGCUCCUAUCUUUGAUUCCUCGGCCCAUCCAGUUCCACUUCGGCCAUCAAACGAAAGAGCCUCCUCGACAGAUGCGUUGACAGGAGUGGAAUAUCCGUGCCAAGCGGUCCUCAAGCGCGCCCCUCAUGAUGUAUUUGAAGUGGUGCCGGAUCUGAGGGCGAGGGACACUUUCGACGCAGAAAUCCCAGACGAAAGUCCGCAUGGCAGAAAUGAAAGCGACAAUAGCAGCCCCGGAGCAGCAGGUGGACAGACCGAACAUGCCCAAGCGGUUGCUGGUGUGGAAGCAGCAAUGAAAACGUUGCCUCCCGUAGCAAAAACAUCAGCACAACAAUACGUGUUCAGUACCUGGGAGAAGUUUGGUUGGCUUUCCAGUAUAUUUCUCGUCGGAGGCCUUGUUGUUUUACUUGCAGCCAUUGGAUUUCUCGCUUUCCUCUGGUUUGGAAACUGGUCAAAUCAUACCUGGAACAAUAUCGCCACUCAAAAUUGGUUUACAAGAGCUGUAUCUCUGUCAGCGCUUGCUGUAAGAAAUGCAGUAUCACUACAAGCAGGAGUUGCCACUUCCAUGCUAGCGAGUGUAGCCUUAGAGCAGAUGGAGGUUCACAUUCUUUCCGCGGCAUCAAUCUCAGGCAUGCGAAAUGCGACUUCUGGGCCCUACUUCUUCACUUGGUCAAUGUUGACUGCUGCCUGGAAAAGAGGAAACUUUCGACAACGGAUGCUCCUCCCUAUUCUUGCAGUUGUUCUGACAAUCACAACUGUUCUUGUGCAGUUUACAUCAACGACACUGCUAGCUGAUCUGAGCUCUAGUCUAAUCCCAAGCUCCAGCAGGAAUUACACCGCAGCGACCAAUUUCGUCUAUAUAAAUGGUACCGAUGGCUUCCGGUAUAUCCCUGUUGUGCCUCGAGGAACGAGUUGGAAAAUAAAGGCACCUUUCUAUCCAGCAUUUGCCGAAUACCACGAGGAUGUUGCUGACAGUACUCAACAAGACGGUAUAUCAGACACAGGGUUCACUCUCAGAGCUUUUCUUCCAUUGCAGGAUCAGCAAGCUCGGUCCAACAUCAGGUCUUACAAUGGGAUUGCAACCGUCCUUGAUUCCCGGGUUGUUUGCAUGCCGCCAAACAUGACAAAUCAUUCACUCCAUCUCAUCAAGGACACAAUGGCUUUAGGUGGUCAAGUAACUGCAGCAUCGAAUACCACGAACCUCUUCUUCGAGUCUGGAAAUGGAGCUGAAUCCAAUCAAACUUGGGAAAACAGGACGCCUGCUCAAUUCAAAUGCGUACUGCCUCUGGCGUUAUCACCAACUUCACUGCAAGACUGGCGUCUCUCGAUCUGCCAGCCAACUACAACAACUGGAUACCUGGCAAAUGCGUUCAAUUCAACGAGUUUCUUCAACUCUUGGUCUAUGUAUAUCGUGGUGAACAUCUCAAAGGGCGGCCUUAUUGACUGGUUGAGCGGAGUAACACCAGAAUCUGGCGACCAGCAUAGUGAUCUCUUCGGGCCCGGAAAUCGACCCCUAUUUUUCAGCAACCACAACGAGUGGCAAGACCUCUUAUUCACUUCCAAUGGUUCUCUCAGACUGAGUACAACGCUUUGUUUCACUGCAUUCGAGACCGCUGACUUGGCUAUCGAGGCCAUUGGAAACGAAAAUCGAACUGAGCCCAUCCCUGAAUACGACUCUGAAAAGCAAGUUUACCAGUAUGGUCGGAUUCGCAAACAACUCGGGCAGCCAGCUAAUCUAGCCCCCUUAUUCUCGGAAAGUGAUUCGGAGAGAGGGAUUUUGCAAUUGAAAAAACGAGGCUCUUGGCUCCCCGGACCAGGUGAUUAUCAUUUUGAUGGAAUAGCUAGUGAACGAACUUCUUUUGCGCUAGAUUUUGCCAACAUGUUUGGCCCUGUUCAAGGUGUCGAACAGCCUGUGAUUGGAGGGAUUGACUCCCCGUGCACAGCUAUUAUAUAUGGCGGGCAACGCGAUUCCGGGUCGUGGACAGGCCUGACCUCCUUUCGAGCUGAUCCAUCCCUCACAGCACUCGUGCAAGAAAUUCUGCAGCAAGGUGGAACUACAACAGUUCAAUGGAGUCGGAGCAGUGGUCCAGUCUGA